GCCCGUAUGUGGGCGGUUUGGUGAGGGGAAGGACAGCAGUGCCCUGAAAGCGGCGUUUGGGAAAGGAAGGGCCUGGAGCUGCCUGUGUGGGGGUGACGGUUUCACACUCUCUUGUGCACUUUCCUAAUCCCCUCUCUGACAGUCGAAAUGGUGAUACCGCACGUGGACAUGGACACUGCUCAUAUAGCUAACGCCCUGCCAGAGCCAGCGCCCAGCGCCCAGGCGGAGCCGGCGCCGCGUGUGUACUUCCCAGAGACGUGGCUGUGGGACCUGGUCCCUGUGGGCGAGGGGGGCUCGACGGACGUCCCGCUCUCGGUGCCCGACACCCUCACGCAGUGGAAAGCCGGGAUGUUCUGCACGGCGGAGGGGGGCUUUGGGCUCUCCCCCACGGCCACCCUCACAGUCGUCAAGCCCUUCUUUGUGGAGCUGGCCUUGCCGUACUCCGUGGUCCGGGGAGAGGCCUUCACCCUAAAGGCCACCGUCUCCAACUCCCUGCAGCAGUGCAUCAAGGCAUCUCCGCCUGGCUCCGCAGGGGAGGUGAACUUCACCGUCAGCACGGAGGCCCUGCGCACCGAGGAGCUGUGCGGCACGGAGCUGGCCGUGGUGCCGGCCCAGGAGCUAGUGGACACCGUGAUCAAGCCCCUGCGGGUCCUGCCGGGGGGGAUCCUGGAGGAGAAGUCGCACAGCUCCCUGCUCUGCCAGGAAGCGUCCGAAGAAAUCUCCUUGCAGCUGCCUGCGAACGUCCUGGCGGGGUCCGAGCGAGCCCACGUGACUGUCCUGGGAGACAUAAUGGGCGCGGCUCUGCAGAACAUAGACCGCCUGCUGGCCAUGCCCUACGGCUGUGGAGAGCAGAACAUGGUCCGGUUCGCUCCCAACAUCUACAUCCAGCAGUACCUGGAGAAGAGCGGGCAGCUGAGCCCGGAGAUCAGAGACAAGGCCCAGGGAUUCCUGCAGAGCGGGUACCAGCGCCAGCUUCGCUAUAAGCACAAGGACGGCUCGUACAGCGCCUUCGGGGAGAGCGACUCCACGGGCAACACCUGGCUGACGGCCUUCGUCCUCAAGUCCUUUGGCCAGGCCAGACCCUACAUCUUCAUCGACGAGAAACACCUAAAGGACGCUCUUGGGUGGCUGCAGCGUCACCAGCUGGAGAGCGGCUGCUUCCGCAGCGUGGGGAAGCUGCAGAACAACGCCCUGCAGGGCGGCAUCGUGGAUGAAAUCUCUCUCUCGGCUUACGUCACGGCAGCGCUGCUGGAGCUGGGGCAGCCGCUCACGGACCCCACGGUGACCAGGGCCCUCCAGUGCCUCCAGGAGUCCUCGCGCACCAGUGACCUCUACACGCGGGCGCUGCUGGCCUACGCCUUCGGGCUGGCGGGGCGCACGGAGCUGCGGGACGCCCUUCUGCAGAGCCUGGCCCAGCACAGCGUCAGCGCCGGGGGACAGCUCCACUGGCGGAGGAAGGUGAAGGCCCUGCCCAGCCCCGGACCCUACUGGGACCAGGCCCCCUCGGCGGAGGUGGAGCUGACGGCUUACGUGCUCCUGGCCCAUCUCUCCCUGCCCAACGUGUCUGCUGCCGACUUGGCGACCGCCUCCCAGAUCGUCCGCUGGCUCAGCAAGCAGCAGAACCCCUACGGGGGCUUUGCCUCCACACAGGACACGGUGGUGGCCCUGCAGGCCCUGGCCAGAUACGCAGCCCUGACGUACAGCGCGAGCGGGACGGUGUCGGUGACCGUGAGCUCCCCGGCCAGGGCCCGGCAGCAAUUCCACGUGGAGAACGCCAACCGGCUGGUGCUGCAGCGAGCGGCCCUGCAGGAGAUCCCCGGGCAGUACACGGUGCAGGCCAGCGGCAGCGGCUGUGUCUUCGUGCAGAUGAUUCUGCGCUACAACGUGCCGCCCCCCAAGAGCUCCGCCACCUUUGAGCUGCGGGUGGAGACGGAGCCGAAGGAGUGCAGCGAGGGCGCCGCAUCCCGCUUCAGCCUGGCCCUGCACGCCCGGUACAGGGGGGAGCGCUCAGCCACCAACAUGGUCAUCGUCGAGGCCAAGCUGCCGUCCGGCUACGUCCCUGCCAAGAGCUCCCUGGGGCAGGUGAGACCAGACAGUGCCAGUCACACAGUCCGAAUCCAGGGACUGGUCCAUGGGGAGAGCCCAGCCCCCCAGGAGAACACAGAUUGCAGCUCUGACCCCCACAGACUGACGAAGGAGGUGGCAAGUUUCACCUUCUCCCUGGAGCAGGAUUUCCCUGUGAAGAAUCUCAGAGCAGCCCCUGUGAGGCUGUACGAUUACUACGAGCCGG